AUGGAAACCGCAAUUCCUGCCUUGGCGAAGAGCUUCGGGAUUUUUCUUCUUUUCAGCCCGUGGGAAGCUGUUGGCUGCGAAGUGGCUUCGUCCAAUUUGCGGCUCCUCUCGACUGGGGAGACACUUCUGGUGUUUGCCAAGAAAUUCGGACUGGAUAAGGAGAAGUUUCUAGAGGUUAUGCGUGGCCGGGCCACUAAGACUAUGGCUAUGGAAUUGUUCGGGAAGAGAAUGGUCGAGAGGGAUUUUGGGCCAAGAGGUUUUUGCGGAGUAUAUGGUGAAGGAUUUGGGGAUGGCAACAGAUGUUGUAGAGGAGGGCCAAGCAGGGACAGUGGUGUUGCCGGCAGCUGCCGGGACCCAGUGGGGACAGAAAAAUCAAAAUUUGGGAAUUAG